UCCGCCCGCCUCCAGCCGCUCACUCUGUGCCUCGCCCGCCGCCGUGAUGUCCGCCCCGUCUGUCCUGCUGCUGGGCGCCUGUUGCUUCUUCUGCUGCUUCUUGUCCUCCUUCUGCAGCGGCUCCUUGGCUUCCCCGGGGGAGACGGAGCCUCCUUGCCCGCCCUGCGUGCCCUCGGCCUGCCCUGCCUUGCCGCCGGGAGGCUGCCCGCUGGGCAAGGUGCGCGAAGGCGGCUGCAGGAGCUGCUGCUGGAGGUGCGCCCGCGGCGAGGGCGAGGCGUGCGGCUUCGGGGGAGCCGGAGCAGGAGCGGGGCGCUGCGGAGCCGGGCUGGAGUGCCGGCGCCGACCCUCCGCCAAAGGGCCCCGCGGGGUCGGGAUCUGCCAGUGCAAGAGCCGCUACCCGGUCUGCGGCAGCGACGGCAUCACCUACCCCUCCGCCUGCCAGCUCCGCGCCGCCAGCCUCCGCGCCCAGGGACGAGGCCAGGCGCCGGUCUCGCAGCGCAGCAAGGGCCCCUGCGAGCAAGGACCAUCCAUUGUGACACCCCCUAAAGACAUCUGGAAUAUCACUGGAGCCCAGAUUUUCUUGAGUUGUGAGGUCAUUGGAGUUCCAACCCCAGUGCUCACUUGGAACAAGAUUUCAAGGGGACAAUAUGGUGUCCAGAGAAUGGAACUUCUUCCGGGGGAUCGGGAUAAUUUGGCCAUCCAGACUCGUGGUGGCCCUGAGAAACAUGAAGUAACAGGGUGGGUGUUGAUCUCACCCUUGAGUGAAGAUGAUGCUGGAGAAUAUGAGUGCCAUGCAUCGAAUUCUAAAGGAGAAGCCACAGCCUCUGCAAAAAUUACUAUUGUUAAUUCUAUAAAUGAAAUACCUACCAAAAAAGGUGACAGCGCUGAGCUCUGAAAGGUGAAGCUUAUAUAUUGAACACAGAGAGGUAGAAGCUCUAAUCUAUGCCAAGGUUAUGUUAAUCUUCUGGAAAAUUGUUUUUCUUUCUUAUUAUUCAUACCUCUCCAUACACUAACUCCUUGAAUAUGUUUUUUUUUUGCUGAGUAACAAUAAAAUAUUUGACAAGUGUA